AUGACAGCCACAGAGAUUUUAGCCAUGCUUAGAAUGCUUGACGAUGAGGAGUCUGAUGGAGGAGCAGGUAACGUUACGGAUAGGGACAGCGAUGUCUCUUGGUCCCUAGACAGUUCAUCCAGCGCUGAGAGUGAUUCAGAUAAUGAAUUCAUUCCCCGUCGAAAAAAGAGCCGGCUGGACAUCUCCGAUCCUGGAACUGACCUUGUUCCAUCGGAUAAUAUUCCAGAUUUGGGUGAAGACAGAGGAAGGCGACAAUGCCAAAAUGUAAUAACUGAAGCGGCAGGCCCCACAGCGCACGCCAAGCGCAAUAUUGAAGAUGCCCUUACAGCCUUUUUGUGUUUGGUGGAUGAUGGCAUGCUGAAACACAUCAGGGACUGCACUGUGGCUGAGGCCCAUCGAGUCAAGGAGGACAACCUAUGGGACAUGACAAUUGAAGAGCUAAAAGCCUUCAUUAGUUUAAUUUACAUUCGUGGCGCGCAAGGUGGAAAAGGGAUGGAUUUGGCGACCUUUUGGUCAGCCGAGUGGGGCUGCGCUUUUUUCAAGGAGACCAUGUCCCGAAACAGCUUUCAGGAAAUAAUGCGAUUCCUUCGUUUCGACAAAAGGGAAACCCGACGCACACGCUUGCGAGACAACAAGUUUGCCCUUAUGAGUGAUGUUUGGGAUAAAUUUGUCCAAAACUGCAUCGCCUGCUACAAGCCUGGUGCCGACAUCACUGUGGAUGAGCAGCUAUUCCCUACAAAAUCAAGGUGCAGUUUCAUACAGUAUAUUGCAAACAAACCGGACAAAUUCGGAAUCAAAUUCUGGCUUGCUGCGGAUGUCGACACCAAAUAUAUGGUAAACGGUGCACCUUAUCUGGGCAAAGACGAGACGAGGAGGCCAGGUCAACGACUUGCAGACAGUGUGGUGCUGAAAAUGGUCGACCCAUACCUGGGGAAGGGAAGAAAUGUGACCACCGACAAUUUUUUUACUUCUUUUGAAUUGGCAAAGGCACUUCAGGCCAAGAAAACCAGCUUGGUUGGCACGGUAAACAAGAGCAGACGAGAGCUCCCCCCGUGCGUAAAGGCGCAAAAGCCGCUGUUCAGCACAGAGGUGCUGAAAAGUGGCGAUGCAACACUGACCGUGUAUCAGGGCAAAAAAAAAAAGAAUGUCUGCAUCCUCAGCACUGUCCACACAGCUGUUGGCAUCACAAGUGGCCAGAAAAGAAAGCCAGAGACGGUAACAUCCUACAACAAGACCAAGGUAGGAGUAGACGUUCUAGAUCAAAUGGCUAGAAAAUAUUCAGUAAAAGCACCCUCCCGUAGAUGGCCAGUAGCUGUGUUCUAUAACAUCCUCGACCUGGCUGCAAUCAACGCACACAUAUUGUACAAUAAGUGCACAAAUGAGCAUGUUUCGCGGAGGGACUUCAUCACGCGACUGGCGAGCGAACUUCGUUCCGACCACAUGGGAUCAAAAACCUCACAACUGGUGGUGCGAGAGCCAGGACCCGGGCAGGAGCAGCAGCAGAUGGAGAGAAGGCGGCAGUGCCAAGUAAGGAGGAACUGCAAACAAAAUAAAACCAAGGAGACAUGUGCCAAAUGUCGUAAAGUGGUGUGUGGGAGCUGCACACGAAAGGCGGUGUUUACCUGUGUGGACUGUGCGUAA